GGAGGUGCAAUGAGUCAUCCAACUCCCCACUACCAGCGCCGUCCAGUCUCAGUUCUCAACUCUCAAGAACAGCACGUAUCCUAUACUCCUGCCUUCUCUUCGCCGGGGAAAUUCGUCAAUAUUUCUUUCACGGAUUAUUAUGUUGUACUACGAUGCUGUCAAUGAUACUGGUGGCUGCGGUGGUGGCUCAAGGAGCGCGGGGGAGCGGGGAUUGGCCGGCCGAGAUGUUCCCCUCAGACGCUUCCCCCGACGACGCCGUAUACUUCCCAGAAGCUGAUGGGUGCAGGUUCGUCAUCUGCAAGGUGAAUCAGUUCUUUGUCUACGGCAAGAACUGCACUCGAGUGCCCGAGUACCCUGGAGAGCCAGCCACUUCGUUGACCAUCAUCGUCACCAACAUCGGCGCCAUCCGGGAAGAGGCCUUCAAAUCGUGGGGUCACCUUCUCUCCUUAUCCAUCAACAUGAACUCUGGCCUCAACAAAAUCGAAGGAGGGGCUUUCAAACCCCUCGCCUCACUCACGAAUUUGACUAUCAGUAAUAACUAUAACCUCAAAACCUUACCCUCAGAUGUUUUCUCAGGGCUCAACAGUCUACAGGAGUUGAGGCUAAUUAAGAAUAACAUCAAGUCAAUUUUCUCGAUCACACUCGCUUCGAGACCUUUUUUACUACCGAGUCUUAAAUACUUAGAUCUUUCAGACAAUCCCUUCCAAGCCAUAACUAGAGAAGAUUUUGCAGAGAUGGAAGGUUCGGGACUGGACACCCUAACAUUGAGCCUCUGCGGUUUGUAUUCAAUAGAACCUAACUCAUUUUCAUGGUUUACAGAAUUGAAAGUCCUCAACUUGGAUAAUAACAAACUGUCUACCGAAACCCUUUCAAAGCUAGUCAUCAAUUUGAAUAGAACAGCUCCUCUUCUGCGACACCUUGGUAUAGGUUCGAAUUUCCUCAACAAAAACCCUUACGAAUUUCUCAGUUUAGUCGCUCAAACGAAUAUUUCAUCGAUAGAUCUCAAAGAAAACCAUUUCGAGUUUGUCAUCCCGAGUUCUUUGGAAGAUAGUCCGUUCCCUUUAAUGCCUAACAUCAGGGAACUGGACUUGAGUGCAGUUUCAGGUUAUGAACUGCAACCAGGAACGUUUAGCCCAGCUUUGCCAAAUUUGGAGCGACUAAUCUUCUCUAAAAACAGACUCCCUGGUCUUUUACCAGGUUUGCGCUUGAGCAGUCUUGUGGAACUAGACCUCUCCGAUAACGUUUGUGAAAAUUGCCUAGUCAUGCCUCACUUCGAAAUUGAAGACAAUUCAUUGGCCGCUAUGAUCUCAUUAGAACACCUUACCCUAUCUAACAAUUACCUGUUCCAUGUUUCCAGAUACAUGUUAACUGGGCUCUAUUCUCUUCGGAAUCUAUACAUGUCUAAUUGCAGCAUAUUUCAUAUUCUCGAAUAUUCUUUCGAAAAUUUGACAAGCCUCGAGUACUUGGACCUCAGCCACAACAAGUUCGCAAAAAAGGACGCACUACCGGCCGCCGCUUUCUACGGACUAACCAAUCUCACAUCGUUACGCCUCGACAGUUGUGACAUUUCUAGUUUCUUUGAACCCGAAAUAUUCAAGUUUCUUCCUAAUCUCGAAUACUUGACUCUGAAAGACAACAAAUUAGCGAAACUAGUUCCCAUUCAGUUCACUGUACUUCCCAAUUUGGAGAUUUUGGACGUGUCAAACAAUGGACUUCUACCUUGGAACGAAAGGCUCUUUUCGGAGAACUACAAGCUUCGAGAAAUACUAAUGAACUCAAAUCACAUAUACAAAUUCACUAACGAAAUGAUCGAAGAUGUUGCUGGUUUAGAAGUGUUGAAACUAAGGAGCAAUCCGUUUUCUUGCACUUGCACUCUAGUCCGUGCUUUUCAAGAUUCAGGUGUUGAUUACUUGAAGAAGAGCUAUGGAAUAAAUGAUCCGGCCGUUAAAUGUUAUUUACCAAAGCAAUGGAUAGAGCAAAGAGUAACCGAUUUCCUUGCACUCAAUUCUGACAGCUACGAGUGCCUUCCAUGGGCCCUCAUAGGAGCAGCGAUGGGUGUAUUCUUCUUGGUAACGCUGAUUGUUUGCAUGGUUGCUGCGUACUAUCUCCGGUGGUACAUCAGGUACUGGGUGUUCCUCCUUCGACAGAAAUGGCGAUCCAACUUCCCGGGGAAGAAGUUAUCAUCCACUAGAGGCAAGUACAAAUACGACGCUUUCGUCUCUUACUGUAACGAGGACAGAAAUUUCGUUAUUCGUCUAGUAGCCAUGUUGGAGAACUACGACCCGUAUUACCGCCUUUGCGUUUUCGAGAGGGACUUCAAAGCCGGUGAUAUCAUAUCCCAAAGCGUCGUGGACUGCCUCUCAUCUUCUAGGAAGAGUAUUUUGAUCUUGACGGACGCCUUCGCUCGCUCACAGUGGUGCCAGUGGGAGCUACAAAUGGCUCACCACAAGAGGAUCUUCUUCAAACAGGAGGGACAUGAGGAUUCUUUGAUCCUGGUUAAGCUCGGCGAUGUAAUGGAGGCUCAUAUGACCCCCACGUUACGCUACCUCAUGAAGACGAGGGUGUAUCUUCAGUGGCAUUCGGAUCCUAAAAGGCAAAGGAUUUUCUGGCAGAAACUACGUGAUGCCCUGAGGCCUUCUCUUUCUGACAUUAUUUCAGUUUAGUUCUAAUCUCUUAUUUU